CGACGCAUUCACUCCACUCCAGCAGUCUACUACUCCAGCUCUCCAGCGCAGGAACUCCAGAGGUUAGGCUCCAGCUCCAGCAGAACCCACGUGACAGCGACCUACUGUAGAGAUGGUGAGCUGGUGGAGCCUCAUGGUGUUUUAUGGUGUUGCCUCAGUCAUGGGUUCCCAGUCUAUGGGGACCUACACACGUCUACAACCUGGGAGACACGUUUGCUCAGUGGAGAAAGAAGUUAGCAGACCUGUAAAGAAGUUUGAGGCUUACAGAAAACCAACCUACCAGAGUUAUGUACAUCGCUGUCAUGACAAACUGUGUCGAGGCGUCAGAGUAGUUUACGAGACAGCGUACAGAGACGUGUACGACAAAGAAGUUGCAAAGGAAACUACCUAUCAAUGCUGUCCUGGCUGGGCGCAGGAUCCCAAGACUGACUACGGAUGUAACACUCCUGUUUGCAGCAAGCCAUGCCAAAAUGGAGGACUGUGUUCUCAGCCAGAGGUCUGCUCUUGUCUUCCUGGUUUCACAGGACCUCAGUGUGAACAAGACGUAGAUGAGUGUAAGGAGACUGUAACACCGUGCUCACAUAUGUGUAACAACACUGUGGGAAGUUACAAAUGUAGUUGUCGCCCUGGCUACCGACUAGGACAGGAUCAGCGUUCCUGUGUAAAAAAAGGUAAGAAUAGAACAUUAGAAGGGAAAACUGACGUUGAAAUCCUAGCAAGAAAACUUUCUAGACUAGAAAAGAUUUGGAAAAAAUCUUCAAGACAUGAACUAGAGACGGAGCUUUCUGACAGCCCGCCCAAUGAUGAGUUAAAGGCUUCAAUCGACAACUUACACAAGAAAUUUGAAGCAAUGGUACGUCAACAGAAAGAGAAGUGGUCUAAGGUAGAGGAAGACUUGCUGAGGUUACAGCCCUUGUGCAGAAGAUUGGACGACAUUGAGAGAAAAAUCAACACUUGCGGAUGUAAAUGUAAGGACCACUUCUAUCCGAGGCCGUACCCCUGAAGCACACCUUAGAGAUCUCAUCCAACGAACACUGCCUCACUGACUGGUGCUUUUUGUACAUUUAUAUAAUACA